ACAACACUCACUUACGCUGCUGCCUGUAGCAUCUACAUUUCUCACUCUCACCCCGACUGCGAAACUCAUCUUGUAUUCCGGAACUUUAGAACGCGAACCAUCCAAAGCGCAAAGACUAGCAAACGUGCUGCACAUAUAGACAUCAACGUCAUUGAAGCGCGCGGCAACGACAGACAGACAAGAUGCAGAUCAAAGUACGAACACUUACCGGCAAGGAGAUUGAGCUCGACAUCGAGGCGGACUACAAGGUCUCGAGGAUAAAGGAGCGCGUGGAAGAGAAGGAGGGUAUUCCACCUGCCCAACAGCGUCUGAUCUAUGGCGGAAAGCAGAUGAGCGACGACAAGACAGCAGCAGACUACCAGCUCGAGGGUGGUGCGACAUUGCACUUGGUGCUUGCGCUUCGUGGCGGAUACUAAACAUUUCCUGGGUCACCGAUCCUGUAUCUGCGUUUCUGGUCUGCCUGCUUCAUUCAUACUGCCCAAGGAGAUGCUAAGAGGUUACUUUGGAAUUGAUAUGGCAUGUUUGCUCUGUGUCACGGAUAUCGUCGGACAGAUUCCUGAUGUGCAUGGACGAGAUGUUCAAUGAGCAGCCUCUGGCAGAGGGCUUCAGUCAUGCACGAGUAGGCGGUGUCGGUAAUGAGCGAGAUGUGGAAUAUCUGCUUGGCAGUGGCUAGGAAAGCAAGCGAAUGCAGAGGCUGGUAUGAUGAUAAGAAUGACUUCUUUUUUUGCAUUGGUGAAGAGAAUAGAAAACUGAUUGAACUGGGCAUUUUGGGUGUUUUUGACAUCUUGUUUCUUUGUUUUGAAGUGACAUUGACUCCAUUCAUGAACCGAAUAUUCAAAUGGCGAGAAGUGGAAAUGUUGAGUUUGUCC